UUCUUCUGUCAAACUUUUUAUGUGCUACAUUUGCAAAGUCUAUUUACAAUUAAUUCAAUAAAAUGUCUGAAACGGUGGAAAGUAACAAUGCAGACACGAAAAUAGACAAAAUUACACCCAACGAAAUCGUAUCGAGCGUCGACGAGAGCGAUAAUUCAUCCAAAAAUAAAUACGAAUUGAAAGAAGACAUGAAACUUAAAUUGGUGGAGUACCCCGAAAUAUUGCAAUACAUUGAAAUGCUGCAGAGGUAUAUAGAGAAACAAAGGAAGAAACUUAAAAAGUGGAAGACGAAAAUAAAGAAAUCUAUAAAACGUAAAGAAAUAGCUAUUCAAACGGAUUAUCAGGCUAAUAAUGAAAAUGAAAGUAUGGACAGUAAACCAAAGUCACUUGCUGAGGAUAUAAAGGAUGCUGCUGAGCAAGCUAUGCAGAAUUCUGGCUUUGUUUACGAGGAAACUUCAGGGAUGUAUUACGAUUAUAAUACUGGGUAUUAUUAUAAUGCUGAAUAUGGGUUGUAUUAUGAUGGAAAUACUGGGACUUAUUAUACAUAUAAUCAAGAAAGUCAAUCAUAUGAAUUUCACAGUCAAGUCGAGACUCCAAAAACACAGGAAAAAGAUGAAAAAAGGGGAAGUUACAGUAGGAAGAAAAAAGUUAAGAGAAAAAAGGAAGUUGGACAUAAAACAAAAGCGGGAAAGCGCCCAAAAAUCGCGAAAAAAUCCAAAAAGCUUCGAGACGACUCCGAUGAAGAUGUUUACGAAGAAGAAAAAGGCCAAAGUAUGGACGUGGAGGAGGGGGAAUGCACUUCGAGUCCUGAGACGAGCAUUUCCGACGGUAGCGAAGCCGAUAAUACAGAUUCCAGUGACGUUUCAAAACCAUAUCCGCCAUGUAUGCGCAUCAUAACAGAAAGCACCGAAGUGCCAAAGUUAAAAAUCGGUUCUCUGCACAUAAUAACGCUAGAUGGCGGCACUAUCGGACGGGAAGGACACCAUUCCAUAACAAUACCCGACAUAAACAUCAGCAAACAUCAUUUGAAGUUUGCGUUCGAAAAAAAUAGCGGGAAAUAUUUGGCCACUGAUUUGGGGUCCAGAAAUGGCACAAUUUUAAACGGCAAAAGAAUGUCAUCAUCGAAACAAGAAAGCGAACCGAUGGAGGUUGCGCAUGGCAGUAAAAUUCAGAUUGGCAGCACUGUUUUGCUGUGUCACGUGCACGACGGCACGCAGACUUGCGGACAUUGUGAACCCGGCCUUAUACAGCAACAAGAUGAAGUCCCACCAAGAAUCUACAAGCUGAGCAAAAAAUCUGACAUGCAGAGCGAUCUAAAAAAUCUUAAAAAAAGGUUUGGUGUUAUCCAUAGUGAUGGAGACCUAAAAUUGGCUUCUGGUUAUACAGAUAGAGCGCAAAAAAGAAGGGAGGAAGUGGGAAGUCAAAAUCCACAUGAGAAAACACAAACUGCUUCUGUCAAUGAGUCGAUAUCAUCAGAAAACAAAGGAUUUAAGUUAUUGUCUAAAAUGGGAUGGAAAGAAGGCGAAUCCUUGGGAAAGGAUAAUGAGGGUAUUAAGGAACCAGUUCAGGUAAUUUCCAAUCAAGGCACUGCAGGUAUAGGCAGCGAAGAACUAAAAAACCCCACCAUACCCCCUACAGCCCCCCCAACAAGAAACAAAAACAUUUGGAAAAAAACGCAAGAAAGAUUCCAAAAACUCCCCCAAAAAAGUGAUGCCUUUAACGAAGACGACGAAGACACAGACUGAGAAUUAAAUAAUGAUUAUAUAAUGAUGUUGAAUUUUAAUUUUUAAUACUUUUUAAUUCGUCCGACUAUUUGAAUUGUUAAAGCAGUUUAUUUUUUAGAAGGUUCAAUGUAUAGUUAUUUAUAAUUGAUUAUAAUUGAG